UGCGCGCAACCCCAAAUGCAGGCGUGCUGCUACGAUGCCCUCGUGCUCCCGUCCUCCGCCUAUAAAUUGUUCAUCCAACGCCGCCUCCAACUCUUGGGCUUUCCCUCUGCUACCUCCUCGACGAUCCAUCAUCCAUCGCCCCAGACCAGACAGGCCAACCGGUGCAUGCCUUGCAUUUCUGCUUGUCAAGAGAUGGGCCAUCGAACAUGGGGGCCGAUCUGCAUCCUUCUCUCCGUGCUCUCGGCGUCGACAGUGCUCGCAUCGUCGAGCAGCGAUGGCCUGGUCCGCAUCCCGCUGAAGAAGAGGUCGAUAAUGGAGAGCAUCUACGGCGAGCUUCUGCCCAAGACCGGCCCGCUGGCGAACCUGGCCGCAGCAGCGAGAGAGUUUAUCGAUGAUCCCGUGCGUGCAGCCAUCGCGCAAGCUCGCGAGCGGGAGCACCAGAUGCUAGCUGAGGCUGCGGCCAUGGAGCGGCGGCGCCAGUACUUCUGGAGCUACGGCGGUGGCACGGGGAACGGUAGCAGUUUGCGCGGCGGCGUUCGGUCCGAGCUCGUCCCGCUCAAGAACUUCCUGAACGCCCAGUACUUCGGGCAGAUUGGGGUGGGCUGCCCGCCGCAGAACUUCACCGUCGUCUUCGACACCGGGAGCGCCAACCUUUGGGUCCCUUCCGCCAAGUGUUAUUUCUCGCUUGCGUGUCUCUUCCAUCCCAAGUAUGAAUCAAGUCUGUCCAGCACUUACAAACCGAAUGGAACACCGGCUUCUAUUCACUACGGAACAGGAGCAAUCGCUGGUUUUUACAGCCAAGAUCAGGUCACGGUUGGCAAUCUAGUAGUUCAAGAUCAGGAAUUCAUUGAAGCUACUCAUGAGCCUGGUUUCACCUUUUUAUUAGCAAAAUUCGAUGGCAUCCUUGGUCUUGGAUUUCAGGAAAUUUCAGUUGAAGGUUCGGUCCCAGUAUGGUACAACAUGGUGAACCAAAGACUGGUGCAAGAACCUGUUUUCUCCUUCUGGUUAAACCGAAACCCAAUCGAAGGGGACGGAGGCGAAAUUGUGUUUGGAGGUGCUGAUCCCCAACAUUACAAAGGCAGUCAUACAUACACGAGAGUUACUCGCAAAGGUUAUUGGCAGUUUGAAAUGGGUGAUUUCCUUAUUGGUGGGAAGAGCACUGGAAUUUGUGUGGAUGGUUGUGCGGCCAUUGCGGAUUCAGGGACUUCGUUGAUUGCUGGUCCUCUUGUUGCCAUUGCCCAGAUUCAUGAACAAAUUGGAGCUGCUGGAGUGGUGAACCAUGAGUGCAAACAAGUUGUUGCUGGGUAUGGGCAACAAAUGCUAGAGCUGCUGAAAGCUCAGACACCACCGGCACAAGUAUGUUCCAAGAUUGGGCUUUGCGCAUUCGAUGGAAAACAUGGAGUUAGUGCUGGUAUUGAGAGUGAAGCAGGAUCUGUAGAUGGCAUGUCUGAUGCUAUAUGCAAUGCAUGUGAGAUGAUAGUCUUCUGGAUGCAAAGCGAGCUCAACUCGAACAAGACCAAGGAGGGCACGUUGGAGUAUGUCGAUAGGCUCUGCGGAAACAUGCCUGAUCCUGUGGGAUCGCAUGUGGAUUGCAGACACGUCGACUCCCUACAAACUGUUGCGUUCAGCAUCGGUGGAAGAGCUUUUGAGCUCCGGCCUGAGCAGUACAUUCUCAAGGUUGGAGAAGGAUUCAUGGCACACUGCAUAAGUGGGUUCACGGCUCUGGACAUUCCCCCUCCAAUAGGCCCUCUCUGGAUACUGGGUGACGUCUUUAUGGGAGCCUACCACACCAUCUUUGACUACGGCAAAAUGAAGGUUGGCUUCGCGGAUUCCGCAUGACAUGAGCAUUUCACUACAGUACGUUUGAUGAUGGAUUGAUGUAUGAAAUUUGGUCGUUGGUUCCUAGUUCAUAGCUUGCUGUUUCACACACAUUGCGCAAAAGUUGCUUCUGUGGUCUAUGCAAAUCGUAGCUUAAGAAAAUCUCUGAAUUGUGUAGCAUUAGAUGCUACUACACAAUACAGAGUUUUUCUGAAGCUUUUGUAGAGUGCACCAAGAAGAAAUGUGUAUCUUUGCAUCAAGAAGAAAUAAAGGACACACACAACUUUCAUUUGUUCUUAA